CUUCACACAAUAACAACUUAGGCUUCAUGGAUUAGUUCAUUCGUCUAAGUUCUCUCCUUUGUUCUUGAGAUACGAGAAGAUAAACGAAGUACCUGAGAAUGUCGGAUUAGUGACUGUUGUAAUUAAUAUGUUCAUAAUGACCUCCAGUGAGGAAAAUAGAAUUGUAUGUCAGGGGCAGUUUUCAGAGGAAAAUUUAAUGAAGGAAGAUUUUAAUCCCCCAGUAGACUACACCAAGAACUGUAGUGGUUUCUCAGGUGCGAGGUUCAUUAUAGAGUGCGGCAUUAAACUCAAGGCAAGUGUGCUUACCGUCGCCACAGCUGCCACAUACUACCACAAGUUUUAUGAAGACGCAUCCCUUGAUGAAUACGACCCAUAUCUCAUUGGCUGCACGUGCCUAUACCUUGGGUCAAAGGUAGAAGACGAUGAUAUCAAAAUCAGAGACAUAAUUAAUGUUGGAAUCAACUGUGUCCGAAGAGGAGAACCCCCUCUCUCCCUCGAUCCCUAUUUCUGCUUACGAGACUCCCUGAUUCAAGCAGAAUUGUUGCUAAUGCGUUUUCUGGGGUUCAAGAUGAAGGUAGACUUGCCGCAUAAAUACUUGCUCCACUACAUACAGUCAAUCAAAGACUGGCUAGGGAAUGAGGUAUUUGAUUCCGUGCCCAUAAUUCAGCUCGCCUGGACAGUAAUUCAAGAUAUUUAUCAUUCACCCAUUGUGCUAAAGUACCCCCCUCAAGUUUUGUCGGCAUCAAUACUAAAUCUGGUUGUCCAAGUGUACGGGAUCGUUGUCACGAGUUCCGAGGAAGUGAAUGCCCAUUCUUGGUUUACCAUCUUGCACCCGGAUUGUACGACAAAGACCGUUUGGGAAGUUACGGCGAAGAUAGUUCUAAUGUACAAAGAAGAGGAUAGCUUGAUCUUGUCUGUGUGAUGCAAACCUUACUGUAAAUUUUCAUAUUUGAAGUUUAGGAAAAUAUACAUUGUAAAGAUCUUGAAAGCAGUUUACGAAGGGGCUAAUCUCAGUGAAGAACAUGAGCCACUUUACAUCCAACAACUCCUUAUCUAAUAUUUUAUUAGGUGUUUUUGUAACACAUGAUGUACUAUACUAUGCAUACCAUGACAGACAUGAUGUCAUUGUCAGAUAACUUUUGUUAAUUUUAGUUAUACAUGUUGAUUAUUUUCUCUUUAUGAUACAGAUUCAUGUUACAUGUAGUAUACAUUGUAUACUAAUUUCAUUGCUCCAUAAUGUUAAACUUGAAGAUGAAUCAGAUACAACUUUGUGAUUUUCUCAUGAACAGUAUUUCUUAUGAUCUGUAUGCAUUUUUUUUUUAUUUUUUUUAUUUUUUCUUUCUUUCUUUCUUUCUUUGUGUUGAUAUUGGUUGUGUAUUUUGAUAAACAUUAGUUUUUAUAAUCUGUAUUAAUUUUUUUUUUAUCAAAAUUGGUUGUGAUAGUUUUUGAUAUCAUUGUUAUCAUUAUUUAUAAUUAAUGAAUGCUUACGGAAAGCAUUUAGGAAUUUUGCUCUGAUUUUAAAGAACUAUCAAAUUAUUUAGCAUAUAAGAGGAUGAAAAUAUCAUUGUAUAUGUAUGCCUUCACUUUGUCAUGCUGUCAUGUAUUCUUUUUCUGAACUUCAUUUGUGUUGUAGUAAAUCCUAUUGAAUAUUAAA